AUGGCGUCCGGACGAAAAGAUUUUCUUAGCCAACCGGCUCCGGAGAACUAUGUUGCGGGCCUGGGUCGUGGUGCGACCGGUUUCACCACGCGAUCUGAUCUAGGGCCUGCCCGCGAAGGCCCGACACCCGAACAAAUCCAAGCAGCUUUAACAAAGCGAGCCCAGCUUCUUGGAGCUGCUGCGCCGACCGCCUAUGGUAAUCAGUCGCGUGAAAAGGGAGGCAAGGAAGACAAAGAGGAGGAAGACGAUGAGCGUUUUCAGGACCCGGAUAAUGAGACGGGGCUGUUUGCCUACGGUCAAUUUGACCAAGAAGAUGACGAGGCAGAUCGCAUUUACCAGGAGGUAGACGAGAAGAUGGACAGGCGUCGGAAAGCUCGCAGGGAAGCUCGAGAACAACAAGAGCGUGAUGACUACGAACGGAAGAACCCCAAAAUUCAACAACAAUUCGCCGAUUUGAAACGAUCUCUUGCUGCGGUCUCCGAAGACGACUGGGCCAACCUCCCCGAGGUUGGUGAUUUGACAGGCAAGAAUCGACGAGCUAAGCAGAAUUUGAGACAACGAUUCUACGCAGUUCCUGAUAGUGUCAUUGCCGGUGCUAGGGACUCGGCCCAAUUCGAUACAACUGUUGCCGAAGAUGGUGCUCAGCCUGGCGAAGAGGGUGACGAUGGGACUAUGACGAACUUCGCAGACAUCGGCGCAGCGCGUGAUAAGGUGUUGAAAGUGCGACUAGAUCAGGCCGCUUUGGGCUCAACCGCCGAGAGCGCAAGCUCUGGGAGUGCUACUAGUAUCGAUCCCAAGGGCUAUCUUACUAGUCUCACACAAUCAGAGGUGAAGGCUGGAGAAGUCGAAGUCGGUGAUAUCAAGCGUGUUCGCGUCCUGUUGGAAUCCGUUACCAAGACAAAUCCUAAGCAUGCCCCCGGCUGGAUUGCGCUUGCACGUCUUGAGGAGCUUGCCGGUCGUAUUGUUGCAGCCAGGAAUAUUAUCGCUAAGGGCUGUGAACUGUGUCCAAAGAGUGAAGAUGGUUGGCUGGAAAAUAUCCGAAUGAACGAAGGCCAUAAUGCUAAAGUCAUUGCUGCCAACGCCAUUAAAAACAACGACCACUCCACUAGGCUUUGGACCGAGGCCAUGAAACUCGAGACAGAUAUCCGAGCCAAGAAGAACGUGUUGCGACAGGCUAUUCUCCAUAUCCCUCAAUCAGUUCAGAUCUGGAAAGAAGCUGUCAAUCUAGAGGAUGACCCCGCCGAUGCACGUCUCCUCCUAGCCAAGGCCGUGGAAAUAAUUCCUCUGUCAGUUGAGUUGUGGCUAGCUCUUGCUCGACUAGAGUCACCAGAAAACGCACAGAAAGUUUUGAAUGCAGCUCGUAAGGCUGUCCCCACUAGUUAUGAAAUUUGGAUUGCUGCAGCUCGUCUUCAAGAACAAAUGGGUACAUUUGAAAGAAUUAAUGUCAUGAAGCGUGCCAUCCAAUCCCUCGCUCGUGAAAACGCCAUGUUGAAACGAGAGGAAUGGAUUGCAGAAGCUGAAAAAUGCGAAGACGAAGGUGCCAUUCUCACAUGUGGUUCAAUUAUUCGCGAAACGCUUGGAUGGGGUCUCGACGAAGACGACGACCGUAAGGAUAUCUGGAUGGACGAUGCCAAAUCUUGCAUUGCUCGAGGUAAAUAUGAAACCGCACGAGCGAUUUAUGCAUAUGCACUACGGGUUUUUAUCAAUCGGCGCUCUAUAUGGCUUGCUGCUGCUGAUUUGGAGCGUAAUCAUGGUGGCAAAGAAGCUCUGUGGCAGGUUCUUGAGAAAGCUGUCGAAGCAUGCCCCCAGAGCGAGGAGCUUUGGCUGCAACUUGCCAAAGAAAAGUGGCAGUCUGGAGAAAUCGACGAUGCCCGACGAGUACUUGGUCGUGCCUUCAAUCAAAAUCCCAACAAUGAAGACAUCUGGCUUGCAGCUGUCAAGCUUGAGGCUGAUGCAAAGCAAACAGACCAAGCACGAGAAUUGCUGUCUACAGCUCGCAGAGAAGCUGGAACAGACCGUGUCUGGGUCAAGAGUGUUGCCUUUGAACGGCAGCUCGGCAAUUCUGACGACGCAUUGGACCUUGUUAACCAAGGAUUACAGCUGUACCCCAAGGCGGAUAAGCUUUGGAUGAUGAAGGGACAAAUAUACGAAGCUCAAAAGAAGUUUCCCCAGGCACGAGAAGCAUAUGGAACUGGUACUCGGGCCUGCUCAAAGUCAGUACCGCUAUGGCUACUGGCGUCACGGCUGGAAGAGAAGGCCGGUGCUGUGGUUCGUGCCCGAUCUGUACUGGACCGAGCACGUCUGGCUGUACCGAACAACGCCGAGCUCUGGACAGAGAGUGUUCGUGUGGAACGUCGGGCAAACAACCUCGGCCAAGCCAAGGUUUUGAUGGCGAAGGCAUUGCAAGAGGUACAGGCUUCAGGUCUACUCUGGAGCGAGGGCAUCUGGCAUCUCGAGCCUCGCGCUCAACGCAAGGCGCGCAGUCUUGAAGCCAUUAAGAAGGUGGAUAAUGACCCUAUCUUAUUCAUUACAGUUGCCCGAAUUUUCUGGGGCGAGCGAAGACUGGAGAAAGCUAUGACUUGGUUCGAGAAGGCGAUCGUUUCAGAUAGUGACUAUGGCGAUGGCUGGGCUUGGUACUACAAGUUCUUGUUGCAACACGGCACAGAGGAUAAACGAUCGGAUGUCAUUUCAAAGUGUGUUUCUACGGAGCCUAAGCAUGGCGAGGUAUGGCAAUCUAUUGCUAAAGACCCAGCCAAUGCAUACAAGUCGUCAGACGAGAUCUUGAAGAUUGUAGCCAGUACGAUCAACUAA